UUUGUAAUAUAUAUGUUGUUAUGGCACUUUACAUAUAGCAUAUUGUCAGUAUUAAAACGAAAAGGGUGAGUAUAACAAGCUGGCAGGGCUUUAAUCUCUGCUAAUUGGGAGUCAUUUUGUAAUUGUUUUUCGUUUUAGUACUGACUCAGCAUGGCUUCAGGAGGAGGCCCACCGGGAAUACCUCCUAUCAGAGAAGCACUGGCAAUGAUCGACAACCAAGGUGUGACAGGUAGCUAUACUAAUCUUCUAAACCUUGAUGCAAAUACAAUAGUUUCGAGGUCACCACUUAAUGCGGCAGGUCUUUCUAAUGACACUCGGCCCAGUUGGCCGAAUAAUACAAACCAUAGUCAACAAUCUGGUUUAUCAGGGAACAUGGGCCCUCAGAAUAGUAGUAAUGAAGGGGAUUCACAAACAGGUGCAGUAAAUCAACAAAAUGGUACAUUGGGGUACAUGGGCCCUUUGCCAAAUAAUCUACAAACCGCUCCGACAGCUGUUUCGGGACAGCUAAACAGUGAUUCCAACCGACAUAACAUUCAAUCGGGGUACAUGGGCCCUCCUAUGAUGAAUCAAGCAACUUCAACUAUCUCUCAAGAGAUCAUUCAAACUCCAAAUAUGGGUUUUCAACAGAAUUACCCUCUUAACCCGGAGGUACAAAGCCAAAAAGGACAAAACCAGUUUGAGUAUCAAAUCGAUAGGUUGCUAAGUCAAGCAAGCAAUACCAAUGUUACUCAAAAUGCCAGCCAGAAUAAACAUCCUUCUCAGAAUGUUAUAUCAGGGAACAUGGGCCCUAACAACACAUUACAGUCAAUGCCAUCUCAGUCGCAAACAGCUUACAACAAUGGAACGCCAGUUAAUAACAACCAUCACAUGUCAUCUGGAACCCACAAUAUCCCUAAUAACGGGGGGGUUUAUCAAGGGAUGCCAGUACAACAGAGCCAAUUAGGGUACAUGGGCCCUCAGGCAAACCCUAUCCCGCAGAUGUCUCACAACCAGUUCAUACAACCUGGCAUUGGUCCCGUUAAUACGCAAAGGGGACAUUUCCCGAUCAACCAGCUCAAUACAAAUGGUUCAACUCAGGGUACUUUAGUUCAGGUCCCUAAUUCAGGAGCCACAGGUCUUCAGAACACACUAUACAAUGGCAUCCCGAUUGGACCACGCAUUCUGACAGGUAUGGGUAAUCCUUCCCAGUUCUCAUGGUCUGCACCAUUAGAUUCUCACCUUAAUGAGGCAACUAAACAAAAGAUCAUUAGUGAAGAAUAUAUAGAUUUCAAAACCUUAUUGCCAGCCUCAGUCAAGAAAAAGAAAAAGAAGCCAGCUUUUCAAUUCGAACAGAAACAACAAGAUGACGGCGAGUCUAUGCUCAUCAUAGCGCCAGAGAAAGAUGAUCAAGAUCUCUCUUAUAAAGAAUGGCAACAGGCCUUCAAUAUCUUCUGUACAACUUACAUAAGACAACAUAGUCACGAGGCCGCAAACUUGAUUAAAUAUGGUGACAAGAUUAGGGAGCUCUCUAAUAAUCCCGAGAGCAACUGGAGAUACUAUGACGAAAGAUUCAGGGAGAAUAAGAAACAUGGACUUCAAUGGCAUACAUGGUAUAACGAUUUCAUGCUUGAGGCGACAUGGGUACACAGAGUGCCUAGACAAGUUCAAGGGAAGUGGAAACCCAAUGGCAAAGGUCAGAAUGGAAAGAACAAUUCUUUUCGUGCCAUUUGCAAUCAAUGGAAUUCAGGGAAGUUCUGUCCUCACUCUACAUGCCCAAGAUCCCACAUUUGCUCAAGCUGCAAGGGCGACCACAGGGUUACAGAUUGCAACAAUAAGAAAGAGGAAAAUGGAUGGGGAAAUCGUAGCAAGUUUGACAACAAAAGGAAAAACAAGACCCAGCCUUUCAAACGAAAUUGACAUGACAUCAAAUCCAAUAAAAACUUUUAUCGACGAAAAUAAAAUUUCGCCUUAUCCCGACUGUUUUGUACAAGACACUCCAGUGAAUCCUUUAGUCCUUUUCGAUAUUCUUGAAGGCUACGAUACAGACAUUCGUAAAUUCCUAUUUGAAGGUUUCUCCAACGGUUUUGCCAUUCCCUACUUUGGGGAUCUCCCUUGUUCUUCAAGUAAAAAUCUAGCAAUCCCAAAAGACAACCCUGAAGCUCUUCAUAACAAAUUACAAUCCGAAAUCGAUCUUGGUCACAUUGCAGGUCCUUUCACAAGCCCACCCUUUAAGAACUUGGUAAUUUCCCCCAUAGGGGUAGUUCCGAAGAAAACGGUGGGAAAGUUUCGCUUCAUUCAUCAUCUGUCUCACCCAGAAGGUUUUUCGGUAAAUGACGGUAUUGACGAAAAAUAUGCAACAGUCAAAUAUGGUUCAGUUGAUGAAGCUAUCGAGCUAGUUCGGGAUGCAGGUCCGUCAGCCUUCAUGAGUAAGACAGACAUAGAAAGUGCAUUCAGAAUUGUCCCAAUUCACAAGGACUUUCACUUUUUGUUAGGGAUGUCUUUAGAAAACAAGUUUUACUUUGACACAAGACUUCCUAUGGGACUGAGACAUUCAUGCCAACUUUUUGAGACCUUAAGUACGGCUCUGGAAUGGACUGCAAAAUACGUGUUGAAUAUUCCUAAAGUGGUUCAUAUCUUGGACGAUUUCUUUAUAGUAAAUAUUGACAAGGACAAAUGUGAGGAGGAUCUGAACAGUUUUGUAAGUUUGUGCGAAACAAUUGGUGUCCCCAUAUCGAAGGAAAAAACACUAGGCCCAGAUACUGUCAUGUCAUUUGCGGGAAUUGAAUUGGAUUCAAUUCAACAGGAAGCUAGGUUACCAAUUGAUAAACUGGACAA